UUCAUUUUACUAAAAAGAAUAAUUAUUGAAUUACAACUAAAAUUCUAUUAAAAAAAAUGUAGCCACUAAUUUAACAUUAGAAGAAUAGUAACAAAGCAGCCUAAAGCCUAAGUUAUGUAAGAGCACAAGAGGCAUGGCAACAUAAAAGUGAAAGUACUUGGGGCUCAGUGAAACCAACUACAUUUGGUUGCCAGGUUGACAUAAUAAUGUCCAUACUACAAAUUGAGACAUCCUUUCUGAUAGAAUUUUCUAGACUCACUAUUAUUAUUUGGAAAAUGUUUGACUGAAAGUUGUAAAGUUUUCUAUUCAACAGGUUUUUAACUUCCAUGUAUUUCUAAGUUUGUGAAAACUAAUAAUAAUCUUAGUUAUGUCUUAUGUGUUAUUUGACAUCCUUGUUUCUUAAGGAAGUAUUUUUUUUUUCUUAUUACAGCUAGGCUAUGGCAUUUCCUGACUGCAGCCGUCGGCAUUAUUUAUUAAUACAAUUGUUAAUUACUAUCACAAAACAAUGUGUAUUUAUUUAUUUUUGCUGAAUAAAUAUUCUUCUUUCUUUAGUUUUAUAAUAUUAGUUUCCGCUCCAGAACCUUCUAAGACUGAGAUUUCCAGGCACAAUAGUCAAACAAUGGAGUUUGGAUUUUAAAAGAACAUUUUCCCAGUGCAAAGUUGAAGGUGGUGAAGGAAAAUCGAGAGAUAUGAACAUGCUAAAGGAUGUAACAUCUGUAAAGAUGGACAUGACCACUACGACGCCGUUAAAUGCAAUGCAUACGAUGACUGGCAGAAUAGAUUUGUUGGCAUCGAUGCAGCCGCAUAUUAGACGUAUUACUAUUCAGCAGUUACACUCAUAAAUUCAUUCAACAGUAAGCGCCAAGAAGAAAAUAAGUUCGGUGACGUGACAAUCCAUUCCAAAGUGCAUGAACAUUUAUCAUUUUGAAAAUGUUAGAAGUAACUUGCAACGACCGUCUUGGUAAAAAGGUCCGUGUGAAGUGCAACCCUGACGAUACCGUGGGAGAUCUUAAGAAGCUGAUUGCUGCGCAAACAGGCACAAGAUACGACAAGAUAGUGCUCAAGAAGUGGUACACAGUCUUCAAAGAUCACAUCAAGCUGUCUGAUUAUGAAAUCCAUGACGGCAUGAACUUGGAACUCUAUUACCAGUAGAAUGUAUAGAAUUAUUGUAAUUUAUAAGUUUUAAUUACUCUACGUUUCAUUAUAAGACCAUUGAUAAGUUA